UGAAUUGUGAAUGCAGCAAUGGCGGUGGCGCCCCAGUCGUGGCAAUCUUGGCAGUUUGUGCUUGUCGUUCGUUUGUGUUAUGGGAAGUGUAUACAAAAUCAAAACAAAUAAGUAAUACGAAGUGUACAGUGUUUAAAAUCGAAAAAUUUUGUGAUAAAUGAGUGUUAAGACGUAUAUUUUCGUGAAAUAGUUACCAGGCCGCGAGUGUUCAUCAAAAUUAUGUGGAUUUGACAGCUAGAUUAUUACAACUUGUAGACUGAAUAGAAACGACUAAACAUAUCCAUCAUCUCAAUCAAUGUUCGGAACGAGAAGGCGAGCGACAAAGAUGAGGAGGUAGAAGAACGAGAGGAUCAUGAGUGGAGCUGCUCCAGCUGGUGGGCUGCUGCAACAGCAGACCAACACCACCCAAUUAAAGCGCCAAAAGUUAACCACUUGCAGGGACAGUGUACCGUCGGUGCACGGUCGACCGAACGCUUCCUUGAAUAUCAAGACUAGAUUGAGCAAUCAUCAAAGAAACUUAAGCCUUGAUUUUAGGUCAAUGGGUAUCCUCUUGCCGCCAGUAACUCAAGUGACGACAUCAACCACCAACCACCUGACCCACCAUCACCGCAACCGCAGCCUCGAUUCCGCCCUUCAACGCAUCCCCGAAGUGGACGUGACACCAAGUCCGGAAUGCGAAACCGUCAACGCCAUCUUGUGUUCGACGGUCACCGUAUCGUCCGAACCGCUUCCGAGCUCGUCUUCCAAACAACGUAACGACGAAAUCGCUAGCUUGGGUUCGGACGAUUCCGGCAUUCUGUGCGGUUCGGACGCCGGCUCGUCGUCCGAAUCGAACGCGACGCGCGAAUCGUCCGUCGAGUACAUCGACAACAUCGCCUCUGAGCAUCCUAAAUCGGACGAAACGAAGGACGCCGAACCGGCGCUAGACUGUAUUUCGAAGUUCGGUGCCGACAGCGAACGGACUAAAGCGAGUGCGGGCGAGGCGUCGAAGAGCUCCGGCAUGCUCCGAUUGCUCGAGAGCAAAGUGUUCGACGUUUCGAUGGCUAUGCACUACCUCUUCAAUAGCAAAGAACCGGGUGUUUUGUGUUAUAUCGUCAACAAAAUGUUCAGUUUCGAUCACCACGAGGUGGACUUUUACUUGCCCCAAUUGGUGUGUAUGUACAUACAGAUGCACGAUGUAGCUGAAGUUAUACAUAGGUAUCUCAUUCAUAGAUGUAGGAAAUCCAUAGACUUCUCGUUGAAGUGUGCCUGGUUAUUGGACGCUUUCAGCUCAGACGCAUCCCUUCCGACGAAAAAGAAGCCCCACGGUAUCAAAUUGCGCAAUCUCAUUUUAUCAGAUGAGCUUCGGCCGAGGGACCAAAAGUUAAUGACUACAUCGUUGAACAGCGCGAUCGGCGACAAGCUGGCCGUGCCGCAGCAUGUGAAAAAGUCACACCAGAGGUCGCACAGCGACGCCUCGGCAUUGCUGAAUGGUCUGAAGAAGACCGCUUCCUGCGCGACGAAACUUAGUCUAGGCGAUUUGAGUUCGGGCAGGGCGUUCGACAACGGUUGCGUGUGCUUCGAGAGCUGUCAGAGCGUUGUAAAUGAGCUUAGGGGAGAAAAGACUGAAUGCACGUGUUCUGCGCCAAGACUGAGGCCCGAACUGGAAUUUAUGCAAGCGCUUAUACUGAUUGGCAAAUUACUUAGUUCCAUACCAACGAAAGAAGCGAAAACCACAAGGCUGGUAGCGGAAUUGACAACGUUAAACCUGAACCUACCCGCGAGAGUGUGGUUACCCCUUUGUAGUCAGAAUCCCCAUUUUAUAGUUAGGAUACCCCCACAAGUGGCAGCUGUACUGAAUUCCAAAGAUAAAGCCCCCUAUAUAAUUUACGUAGAAGUAGUAGAAGUGGAGGAUUUAGAAAGUUCUCCUGUACCACAAAAAGUAAUGCCCUCUUUGAGACAUACCAAGUCCGAAGAAAAUCUCAAGCAUGAAAGUGUCUCCUUAUCGGCUUUCAGUAUGUGCGGGGGAUGUUACGAUGACUUGGAUCCAGAUUGGAGUCAAGAAGAUGACGAGAUUUCUCAACAGUAUACACAAAUGAGAAAACCCGUGGACAGGGACACAAUAUCGCAGAUGAGCCAGGAAUCUAGCGAUUCCAGGGAACCCCCUAUGUCUAUACCUGCAAGUGAAAUAAGACGAAGAUUAUCUGAUUUCUUUCACGAGGAAAAAAGCAAACAAUUUACACACGAUCCCGAAGAUCCUUCAGCCGCGGUACUGAAAGAACCUUGGCAGGAUAAAGAACAGAGGAUACGCGAAAGCUCUCCAUAUGGUUACUUAUCGUCUUGGAGGUUACUUUCUGUUAUUGUAAAAUGCGGAGACGAUUUGCGACAAGAAUUGAUGGCUUCCCAAAUUUUGGAAACGUUUCAAAAAAUCUGGGAAUUGGAACACGUUCCACUUUGGCUACAUCCGUACAGAAUUUUGUGUUUGUCGGACGACAGCGGACUGAUCGAGCCAAUUUUGAAUACCGUUUCCCUACAUCAAGUGAAGAAACAUUGUCAGCUUUCCCUAUUGGAGUAUUUCAUUAAUGAAUUCGGACCCAUGACGUCUGAAGGGUUUUUAACUGCUCAGAAGAAUUUCGUGCAGAGCUGCGCUGCUUAUUGUCUUAUUUGCUAUCUUGUUCAAGUCAAAGACAGGCACAAUGGAAAUAUUCUGUUGCAAAGCGAUGGCCAUCUGAUCCAUAUCGAUUUUGGUUUUAUUUUAUCAACGUCUCCCAAGAACCUCGGUUUCGAAAAGUCGCCGUUCAAGUUGACUCCUGAAUUCGUGGAAAUCAUGGGCGGUGAGAAUUCAGACAUGUUUGAAUAUUUCAAAAUCUUGAUUUUACAAGGACUGAUCGCUGCUAGGAAACACCAUGCAAUGAUCGUCACAUUGGUGGAGAUUAUGAGAUCAGGAUCUCAACUGCCAUGUUUCAAGUCUGGAGCGUCGACUGUACAGAACCUGAAGAACCGCUUCCACAUGAACAUGACAGAGGAACAGCUUCGCCUAGAAGUGAACCGCUUAGUCGAAGGGAGCAUCCAUUCCCUGUCGACCAAACUCUACGACGGCUUCCAAUACUUCACGAAUGGCAUUCUUUAACCAUGGCCGGGUUAUUCCUCUUGUUUAAGCGGUUUUUGUUAUUAGAAUAGGAUACAAACUUGGGUGUCAGUCGCUAGAAAAUAUUAACAUGGAAACUCGGUUUUAUUUUGUUGUUUUUGUAUAAGUGUAUUUUUUGAUUCUAAGCUGAAAAAAAAAAAUUUUAUCUGAAUUUUUAUGAUUUAUUUUCGUUCUGAAGUUUCCUCUUACAUAAGAGGUUCAGAACUUGUCUUAUUUUAAAUGUAUUUUUGACGUGUUAAAAGGACCUUUUUUUAUCAUCAAUUUUUAUAAAAUAAGGAUUUUUAAAUACACCUCAGUUUUAUUAUGUAUGGAGGUUAUGAACAUUUGAUUAAAUUAUGUUUCAGUUGCCUUAAAUGCAAUAUUUAAUAACAAGUAACAUCCCAUUUAUCAAACGCAGUUGAAUAUUCCUGUUUUCAAGUUUGUGGGGAUGUUUUAAGAAGGCUUAAACUUUUAAAUUCAAAUUGAACAAAAUGCCAAGAAAAAAUAUCAAGUUCUUUAAAAACGUCUAUCUAUAAAUAAGUCUGCCAAGUCGGAAGAGUUUAAAGUUUUAACUAAAACUACCUACAUAUGUAAAACUCAUUUAAAAUAAGACAAUUAUAUCACUAUUUGGAUGAAAUAACAGUUUAUUAAAAAUUACUGAGUUACAAUAUAUUGAUUACUAUGUUCUAAUGGCUGG